AUGCGUCUCCUUGCGAUCCAACUGUUUGGCCUUCUGGGUGUUCAGGCUCUUAUUGGACGUAAUGCGCCUGGAAACAUCCGGCCUAGUGCUAUUGAUGAACGAGCUGCAGAAGCAUUCAAGCCGGAGAAUCCCAUCGUGGCACGAGGUAAAGACGACGAGUUCUAUCUACAUGAGCUUCGUGUCGGGGACCUGAUUAUGAAGGGUACCGACGCCUCAGUAUACGAAGCCAGAAAGCACGUAUUAGGGUCGAAAUAUGCGUUGAAGAAAGACUACAAUGAUCCAAAGGCGUUGCAAACCGAAUACGCUGUAUACCAGGCCAUCGAUGGCAAGAAUAUUGGACCGGCACUCGAGGGAAGAGUCGACGACAUUGAUACUGAAAAUCUUGAUACCGGUCUACUGCUACAGUACGUCGAAAUCCAAGAAACAAAAAAGGGAAGCAAGGAACACGCCAAGGGUGCCGUGGAAGCUCUCAAGAAGUUCCAUGACUUGGGCUGGAUCCACGGCGACACCGCCGCUUUGGGAAACUACCUGGUCGACAAGGACGACGACGACAAGGUCUAUCUCAGCGACUUUUCCAAGUCCAGCAAGAACGACGAUGGUAGGGAAAAGAAUGAGGACCUGCGAAAUUUGAAGUCGGCCUUUAGUGACGUGAAGUGGAAGGGGGAGGGUGAAUAUGAGAUCGACGACUAG